AUGGGUUCCUGCUUUAGCUCAGAGUCGGCAGGAGAUGCGGAACAGAAGAAGAGAAGCCAGGCAAUCGAUCGGAAACUAGAAGAGGACUCUAGGCGCCUGCGGCGAGAAUGCAAGAUUUUGCUACUUGGGUCUGGAGAAAGUGGAAAAUCGACGAUUGUCAAGCAAAUGAAAAUCAUCCACCAGAAUGGGUAUACAGUCGAAGAGUUAGCGUUAUAUCGUUUGACAGUCUAUAAAAACCUCCUCGAAUGCGCCAAAGCCCUUAUUGGCGCCUACCACCAAUUUUCGCUUGAACCUACUAGCCAGAAGGUCCGCGACUAUAUCGAAUUUCUCACCGAUUACAACAUCGAUCCGGAUCCCAAUAUACCGCUGGAUUCAACAGUAGGGGAUGCGAUAACAUACAUUUGGAAUGAUCCGUGCACAUCAACAGCUUUAGAGCGACAGAAUGAGUUUUACUUAAUGGAUUCAGCGCCAUAUUUUUUCGAAGAGGCGAAGCGCAUAACGGCACCCGACUAUAUACCAAACGUCAAUGAUGUUUUGCGCGCACGUACAAAGACAACCGGUAUAUAUGAAACACGAUUUACAAUGGGCCAAUUAAGCAUUCACAUGUUUGAUGUUGGUGGUCAGCGCAGCGAGAGAAAAAAGUGGAUCCAUUGUUUCGAAAACGUUACGUCGAUCAUCUUCUGUGUGGCCUUGAGUGAAUAUGAUCAAGUAUUAUUGGAAGAGGGGAACCAGAACCGUAUGAUGGAAAGUUUGGUACUCUUCGACUCUGUCGUGAACUCUCGAUGGUUCAUGCGAACAAGCAUAAUUCUCUUCCUCAACAAAGUGGAUUUAUUCCGGCAGAAACUGCCUCGCUCACCAUUGAGCAACUACUUUCCAGAUUACUCGGGUGGUAAUGAUGUGAACCGAGCGGCGAAGUAUCUCCUUUGGAGGUUCAACCAGGUCAACCGAGCGCACCUAAACUUAUACCCUCAUUUGACUCAAGCUACCGACACAACGAACAUCCGUUUGGUAUUUGCAGCUGUCAAGGAGACCAUUCUACAGAAUGCGUUGAAAGACUCGGGCAUUCUGUGA